GAGUCAGCGGAGACAUACGCAUGCGUUCUAUUUAUCACGUGUUGCAUGUUAUCUCCUCCAAAAACAUGUCGGGCUCUUGCAAGACAGAGCCGUUGCAUUUAGACCUAAAUAAACGUUCGAUUUCUCCAAAUGAUGACAGCUCAGGGAGUUCAGAAAGCAUCGAAGAACAAGGUCUUUCUCCCCCGAACUCUCCCACAAAAUCUCAAAGGAAUACAGUAAUAGUUUUUCGGCGGACAAACAAAACUAUAUAUACUGCAGGUCGACCACCAUGGUAUGACCCUACAGGCCAACUCAAGGAACCAUUUGUCAUAGGUUUAUGCGGGGGCAGUGCAUCAGGAAAGACCACUGUUGCUAACAGGAUAAUUGAAGAGCUAGGAGUGCCAUGGGUCAGCAUGCUCUCCUUGGACUCUUUUUACAAGGUACUGUCAAGCGAGCAACAUGAAAUGGCUGCAAGAAAUGAAUACAACUUUGACCACCCUGAUGCAUUUGAUGCUGAUCUGGCAGCAAAGGUUCUAAAAAGAUUAAAAAGAGGAAAAAGUGUGCAAAUUCCAAUUUAUGACUUUAAGACUCAUGGAAGACUUCCAGAAAAGACUGAUCUGUAUGGAGCCAAUGUUAUCAUAUUUGAAGGAAUUAUGGCGUUUGCAUAUAAAGAGCUAAGAGAUUUAAUGGAUAUGAAAGUAUUCGUUGACACAGAUCCUGACAUUCGACUAGCUAGAAGAUUAAAGCGUGAUAUUACAGAGAGGGGAAGAGAACUUCCAGGGGUACUUCAACAGUAUAACAAGUUUGUUAAGCCUGCAUUCGACCAACAUAUAGCUCCAACAAUGGCUUUUGCUGAUAUAGUAGUCCCUAGAGGUGGAGAAAAUGAUGUAGCAAUAGACUUGAUAGUAACACAUGUAAAAACACAGCUGGAACAGAGGGGAUUCAAUUUCAGAUCUCAGCUAGUAUCAGCCCACCAAGACCAGCCUCUCCCUAAUAGUCUGAGUAUCGUGGAAGGCACUCCGCAAGUCCGUGGACUCCACACUAUUAUACGUAAUAAGAUGACAACCCGCGACGACUUCAUAUUCUAUUCCAAGCGGCUGAUGAGAAUCCUUAUUGAGCAUGCGCUGUCCCUGCUUCCUUUUAAGACGCAGAAUGUGGUCACUUCUCGGGGGAAUACCUAUGAGGGAAAGAAGUUCAUGGGGAAACGACUGUGCGGCGUGUCCAUAUUACGUGCAGGCGAAACGCUUGAGCCAGCGCUUGCAUCUGUCUGCAAGGAGAUAAGAAUUGGCAAGAUCCUCAUUCAAACCAACGAUGAAACAGACGAACCAGAGCUGCACUACUUGCGAUUGCCUAAAGACAUCAGUGAUGAUCAUGUGAUCUUGAUGGACGCUACCGUUGCAACUGGAGCAGCAGCAUUGAUGGCCAUUCGGGUACUUCUCGACCACGAAGUCAAGGAAGAGAACAUUCUUUUUGUUUCACUUAUAGCUGCAAAAUCAGGGGUCCAUACGAUAGCAUAUGCUUAUCCUAAGGUAAACAUCGUCACCACUGCUGUCGACAAUGAGCUGAAUGAUCAGUAUCACAUCAUUCCUGGAAUAGGAAACUUUGGAGACCGCUAUUUUGGCACCGAGUACCGAACACCAAGCACCUAGCAGAGCUGAUAAUAGAAUAGUAAACACCAUAUAUAACAUAGCAACACAUAGUCGUGCAUGUGACUUGAGCAAGAAGACAUGAUAUUAUUAAUCUUGCAGACAUUUUCAUGCAUCGUUUUAGCAUUUCGAGCAGUCGUCUCUCCGUACUAGCUGUACAAAGUUUAUAUAAGACGUUGGAAGGUUAAAUUUCUAUUCAAUACAAAGAUAUAUACUGUUGCCAUGGAUGACAUUUUAAACAAAUAUUUGUGUCCAAUCAAUGUGUGGGUUGUCGUUCAUACGCAGGCUUUUUUCCACGCCAGUCAAGGCUUUAUUGUCUUCUCACCGAUACCAAAACAAGUUAAUUUUAAGCUGACAAAGUGGCCAGUUAUUGGAGAAAUUACAAAAGCCAAAUUAAAAAUGUCAAGUUUGAGGUGGACUUGGUCCGGCUUGUGUGGCAUAGUUUGGUUUGGCUUUAUUUGAAUGUUGGAAGGACUUUUAUUCUUGGAUGGAUAUUGAAUUUCACAGGGAAUUUAGUUCGCUUCAAUGAUAGUACAUCUUAAUUAUUUUUGAUUUAUAUAAAAAAUAAUUUGAGAUGGUAUGUGAAUUCUAAACACAUUUUCUGUGCUUGUGUUAACGCAUUAGAAGUCUUGGCAAGAGACCAUCAUAGUCUCUUUGUCUUGGUGAAUUUUGCUGAUCUUUGCUUGUCGCUAUAAGGCUCCCGCAGAUUGACUUGACUCAAUGUUAUUUAUAAGAUAAAUAUGGGUUUCCAGGAUACGUCUGUAAAAAAAACUCAGUAAAAACAUUAUUCCUUGGUUGUACUAUUUCUUAAUUUCCCAUCAAUAAAAACAAGUUUCGAGAAA